AUGGUCUCCAAAACUCUUCCCGAAGUCGACCACUUUGAGGCCGUAGCUCCAUCGAAAGAGCUUAUUGACUUUGUUUCCUUGCGGACUGUUGACCUCGCUCGGUACGACGAUGGCCCUGAGGCAAGGGCUGAACUUGCCGAAGAAAUUCGUCUGGCUAUGACGACCCAAGGAUUCUUCACGCUCGUCAAUCAUGGCAUCAGCGAAGAAGAUAUAACCCGCCAAGUGGACAUUGGGCACACGAUUCUCGGACGCACUCCUCGAGAAGAAAAGGUCCGCCUUCAAGCUCCGAUGAUCGAAGAAGGCUCCUAUCAUGGCUUCAAGCCCCGCGGCCACUGGCGCAACACAGGUAAUGUACGCGACAAGGUUGAAAAUUUCAAUAUCUACCGUGAUAUGAGCCUGAGGGAGCAGCCAGCGGCCAUGAACCCCUUCAAGCCCGAAAUUCAACGCUUCAUCGACUACACUCACAAAGAGGUCCUCUACAAGCUUUUGCGGCUCUUCGCCAUGGCCCUGAAGCUUGACGACGAGGAAUUUUUCGUGAAAGCUCAUAACUAUGACGGACACGAUGAGACGUGGCUCCGCUACAUGGAGUACUUUGACGAAUAUACAGCAAAGGAGAAAUCAGUGACGGGUGGUCUUUGGCUCGGUGGUCACCAGGACUUUACCAGUCUAUCACUCCUCUUUAGCCAGCCCAUGACCUCUCUUCAGGUUCGCGACUACGAUUCUGACGAGUGGAAGUAUGUAAAGCACGUACCUGGGGCUAUCAUCGUCAACGCAGGCGAGGUCAUGCUGUGGUGGACAGGGGGGUACUUCAAGGCGGCCAUCCAUCGUGUGUUCGAGCCACCAAUGGAUCAACGAGGGCACAACCGGAGCAGCGUCUUCUACUUCUGUGUGCCCAACGACGAGGUGGUCAUCAACACCCUCCUCGAUCGCAGUCCUGUGCUUCGUGAAGCUGGUAUGGAAAUGGCUCAUAGGCCUGAAAAUGCUCCUACCAGUAAGGAGUGGAGCAACGGCCGCAUCAAGAUCACAGGCCGUAACGCCGUCUGGGAUCAAAAGUCAAAAGGUGAGAACGUGACAGCGGAGCAGGUCGGGAAAGUCACGACAACAUGGUUCAGAUAA